ACAAAAAUAUUUCCAAAAAAAAAUAAAAGAUAACCAAGCCAAAUAAAGACCGCUUUAUUUACAUAUUCUAUAAAUAUGAAUAAAGCGGGUAAACACAUACAAACUGGAGUAAAUAAUGGUUUAUUAUCAUCAUCACCCAAAUCGCCACUAUUACAAACCACCAACAACAAUAUGGGCUCUAUGGCACAGAAGAAUGUUAUCACCUCCAUAAUGAGUUUUUUACCCGAUAACCGACCGAUUACAUCAUUGCAGAUUGUUGAGGAUUAUGAAAAAUGCCCCAAAAAUUUCACAACCAUCAAUCGUACUUACGAUCAAGACUCCGAUGCUGAUUUAUGGCGUGAAAAUAUUCUAUUUGGUCGGCAAACUACACGCUAUUUGUGUUUAUCCAAGACAGAGGGACUGCCGGAAUAUGUGGUGGAAUCUUUAAAAAUAAUUGCUGAAAAAAUAGCUCCGCCCAAGGGUUUUUCACUACUAUCACGCACAGCAGACACAGAACAAAAGGCCUGGCGUAAACGGCAAAUCGCCUAUAAACUCUCCAAACGGGGUACCGUCACACAAGCAGUCACAGAUAUAAUUUUAUGUUCUAAACUAAAAAUUGCACCAGAAGGAUUUAAAUUAGCGGGUGAUAUAAAUGGCAUAUUAAUUUGUUAUAAAACUGGAGCCAUACCGGUACGCUUGCCGCCACCAGUGCCCGGUCUAAGUCCAAAAUUGGCCACAAAUAUUACAAACGGUAGUAGUGAGGUAGAAAAGGCAUUAAAUCGUUUAAAUCUACACAAUGCGGCAGCUGCGGGUGAAUGUUUAAGAAAUCCAAAACAGCCGCUGCCGCCUGUACCCAAUUCCGAAGAACAUGAUUAUGAAGAAAUCCAACAUUCUUAUCAAAUAAAUUCGCCACAAAGACCGGCUCCUAGGCCACCGGUUAACACUGCCCUCAAUAGUUCUGGUCAUAGUCUGGGUACUUUGGGUACUUAUACUGAUCUAGAAGGUGUGCCAUUUGUUAUUAAUUCUAUGCUUAAGUCUACUAAUAAAAAUGAGUAUUCCUCACUGCCACAACUAGGUGAUUUUGUAAUUAAAAAAGAUCUCGAUUAUGAUUUUCAAUUGGAGCGUCAAACUUUGUGUACCAUGAAAUCAUCAGCUUCCAAAAAUCCCUUCUUUAAUUAAUUUAAAGAAUACAAAUACAAAAGAAAUACCUUAAAUCUUAUAUUUAAUAUAGAAAUGUGUUAAAAAUCUUUAUUAUUAUUAUUAUUUAGUAGCCAACAAAUAAUUUUUCCUUUUUUUUUUGUAUAAAUUCCUUAAAUUUUUAGCCUUAAUUUAAUUUAGAUUUUAUUUUUUUUAAAUUUACAUGUUUAUUUUUCUCUGUGUACCAUACACUACUUUAUACAAAUGUUUUUAGCAUUUAUAUUUCAUGCCGCAAAAUGUGUUAAAAUUUAUAAAUAAUUAUGUGUAUAUUUAUUAACUAGCUUAUUACCCGCUACUUCGUUAGCAUAUAUUUUGAUAUUAAAAUAAAAGUAUAGCAAUGUACAAUUAUAAAA